AUGCUUCCUCGGCAAGGAGCGUCGAGGAACACGUUGGGCCAUCCUGCGAACAAGUGCACGUACGCGCGGAGCCGAGGCGUGCACGAGGGAGGGGCGUCCGAGCGAUGGCGAGCAGCCGCGCUCGGCAGGCACGGCCCGAGCUUCGACCAGGAUGUCGCCCGCCAGGGCUGGGGUCGACUAGGCGGAGGCCUGCGCAGGCCCUCGGGCCCGGCGAGGGUCGCGGCAGGCGCCAUGGGCGCGGCGGCGGCGCGCGUGGCCAGAGGAUCCUUUGGCAUCUGCCUGGCGGGAGCGGCGCUCUCGCUGAGCGGCUGCUCCGUGAUGCAGGAGUACGGCUUCGACGACGAGGCGACGUCGUCCCUGCAGCUGUGCCACGGCUUCGGGUUCAGGGACAGCGGGUACGUCUCGCAGGCGCGGGCGGGGGAGAUCGCGGAGAUCAGGUGCCCGACGGACUACGUGUACGACGGCCCGGCCAUCGAGUGCAACUGGGUGGACAGGGUGUGCGUCGGCCACCCCGACGACGAGGUGAACCCGGAGCUGUGCUGGAACCAGUACAACCUGACGCUCCUGGGGCGCGGCCUGACCGUGUGGCCCGACGGGGUCCGGCCAAGGAUGAUAUCGCCUGCGGGCGCGGGCAAGAAUGCGACGCCGCAGCUGCAGGACGCUGGCGCCAGCGCCCCUGCGGCGGGCGAGGCGACGAGCGGUGGUGGCUCCGAAGCGGCGAUCGGCAGGAGUCUCCUGGAUGCACGGCCGCGCGUGCUGCCCACGAUCAUCUUGCCAGAGCAGCUUGUCUGUAAGGAUGAGGCGUUCGUGGACCUGGAUUUCGAGCACGCGGAGGUGGCACACAGCAACCUGGGCGGGCGAGGUCCAGACAAGCACGCGCCUCAGAGUUUGCACUACAGUCGCCUUGCCAGGACCGACGGUGAUCUGGUGGACCUCGUGGUGACCGCCCCCAACGGCGACUACCUCGGUCUGCCCGACAGAAACGGCAAGGGCAGCGUCAUGGGGAGGAUCAACCUCAACAGCUCCUCGCCUGUCCACCUGAGAUUCCAGUUCGUCUCGUCAGGCACCGUGUCGCGUGUGAAGCUGCCCAAGGUUCUUUUCACGUUGUUUGACCUGUUGGAUGAUGAUGGCCACGCUGGCCUCGAGCUCGAAAUCCUCGGCGCUUCGGAGUGCUUCGCCCCAUCUAGGAUGGCAUCCCUCGUGCGGAAGGCUGGGAUGGACCACCACGGCGUUCCCAAGUUCAUGAUUGGAGAUGCAGCGAGCAAGGAAGAUAGUCCUUCUGCCUCUGAACGCGUUCUGGAACAACCUGCUCACCCUCCGCCAGUUUCUGAUCCCACUCUGAAGUCCCCCAACGACCCCGAGGAUGGUAAGAGCGUCCGGGAGAUGUGGUUGGACUCAGUGAAUCAGUCGGUCGUGCUUGUGUUCAAGGACGUAUCGGAGUUCGCGGUCGUCGCCAGGACGCGGCAAGGCCGGGAUCUAGAGUUUGCUGGCUGGUCGGAGGUUGUGGAUUUGGGCCAGAAGGUUGGCUAUGAGGCCGACGGGCCUGACAGUUUUCGGGUCGAAGAGAAAUUCGGUGGCUCGUCCAGGCUUGGCCGGUGGAUCAGCGUGGAGUUCGGCGGCUUCCCGCUCGGCUCAGCAACCAGCUUGGGCAUUUCUGCUGUCGCCAUCUCCACCGUGGUUGUGUCGCGACUGACGAAGGGCGCGCUGAGCAGGAGGGCCCAGUAUGGUAUCCUGCGGGCUGCGUGA